CACCGUCGCCGCCGCCACGUUCAUCCCCCCCAAUUGAUAUUAGCCGAGACUUACAUUACAUAUUUGUCGAGUGAAGCGAUAUUCCUCAGUGAAGCUUUUUAUACGAGAAAUACUUUUUUACACACAAAACAGAAAAAACUCACUCACUACGAACAGAAAUGGCUGAGUACCUAUCAGAAGAGAAGAUUGGUCUGUACAAAGAUGUCUUCAGUCUAUUUGAUGAUGACAACGAUGGCAUCAUCUCUACCCGGCAGCUCGGAGAUGUUCUGCGGAAGCUAGGGAUGAGUCCGACUGAGGGUGAAGUCAAUGAAAUGAUAGAGAAAGUAGAUUGUGAUGGAAGUGGCACCAUUGAUUUCCCAGAGUUCCUGCGCAUGAUGUCCAACCAGACAGAAGACUUUGAUCACGAAACUGAGAUCCGUGAAACAUUCCGCAUAUUUGACAAAGACGGCGAUGGAUACAUCUCCGCUGGGGAGUUGCGCUACAUGUUUGCCAACAUGGGCCAGAAAUUGACGGAUGAGGAGAUCAAUGAAAUGAUUCUUGAUGCUGAUAUUGAUGGUGAUGGACGGAUUAACUAUUCAGAAUUCUUCCGUCUGAUGUGAUCGAUCAGCCUACAACACGGUGCCAUGUCACUUCCAUCUUUGACUGGAGGAGCUGCCAAUAUUUAUUUAUUUAUUUUCAAAGAAUGUAUUUAUUUAUUUAUUUAUUUAUUGGAAAAAUGACUUUCUGUCCGACAGCUGUCAUAAAAGACGAAGCCAUACACCCACCCCCUCUCCAAGAACAUCCAUUGCAAAAAAAAUAACGAAACCUUUUGUUUUUUUUUUAAUCACUAUUUCAUCAAGGC